GACCUGUUUCUGCUUGCCGCGCGGGCAUCUUGUUUCAAGGCCUCCCAAAGACGCAUGGGAUGUACAGGGGGUGAAGGGGGACCCCUCACCUUUCAGCUGGUCUCUGCGUCGAUAUCGAUAACAGACCCCUGUCAGGAGGCAGGUAAGCUGGAGAGAGGAAGACAUCUCAAGAAAAGGUAGACAUACACGCAAAUGCAGGUUUCGGCAGUCUGCCUUUGCAUUGCACAGCGGUAGACACGCGGGCAGCCGCAUUAACCCCGGGAGCCAAGAUCCAAGCCGUCGAGGGAAAGUCGGAGACCGGAGCCAAGUCACGGUCACCGUUUCCACCGCCCGAUACCAUACCUUAUCCGAUAUCCAGCAACGCUACUCCGUACCAUUAGGAUCCUCCCCGACUCAGAAUCCUCCUCUUGUUGUUGUAAGACAACACGAUAGCACAGGCCCGGCGCCGACCUUUAAUAGAAACAAUAAUAGGUACAGAUCCACGACCACAACCGCGGGUCACCCGGUGUCGAUCUGUGCUCAGCUACCAACAUACAACGGGGUACAGGCGCCAAUUCGAUGUGAUCGAGUUCUCGGAUCAAUUGACACCACUCCACAAACCGAUAGCUUGGAUCGGGUCGCAAAGCAGUGUGUACCACCCGCACCCAGGAUAGGAUACUUGGAAGGAUUUCGUGGGAAUAAGGGGGCGGCAAACAAAAACCCAACACUCGAGAAAUGGCAUCGGCCGAACAACCGUUGCCUUAUGCCCCGAGAACAAGCAGCAUAUCCGCGUUUGUAGAGGCCCCCCCCAGCGACUCCCACCGCCGAUCAUCUUCGUCCGUCCCGACGUCCAAGUUCGCCGCCGACAUGUCUCAACCUCCCCCGCGCCCCGCUCGCUCCCCGCUACCCCAUGGUUUCAAUCCCGCCGACAUGGACCGCCUAUCCGACCCAAAUGUCAAGGACAAGAUCAUUUCAACCGGCACCAACCCCUCAUCGCAGCACAGCUCUCUCUCGGUGCCCCUUCCAAAAGUACGCCAUGACCCGUCUUUGCGCCGGGCGCGCAAGCCGCGCUCUCAAUACCCAAGGAGUAGCACCGAGAGCCACGUCGAGUACAUCCUGGUCGCUUCGUUCGAUAUCGAUAGGGGGCCGAUCAUGGAGCACCAGUAUCCUGUCGCUAUCACUGGAGAUGAACAUAUGCUUGCGGAACUGAUGCUUCCGGAUCAGGCUCACGUCAGAAAUCAGGAUUGGACAGUUUUCUUUCUUCACAAAGAUAGCAGCCAGGAAGAGGACGAUGCUGAACGGCAGGCCAAAGAAAGUAGGCGAGCCCGGAGACGGCGCAGACGGGACCGGGCAAAGGGGAUAUUACAUGAAUCGGAUGAUGAGGACGACGGUGGUGAGGAGGACCUGGACAAUGACGACGACGACUGGGAUGAUGAUGUGUCAACCGAUGAGGAGCCAGAAGGCGGCGAGGGACCGCCGUUGGUCUAUGUGUUGAACUUGGUCAAUACCAAGCAGGACAAAACGGUCAAGAGAGGUGCCGUGGUCAAGGCUAUGGCUAUUUGCACGCGGCAUCCAUUUCUUCACAUAUACAAGCCCCUAUUACUACUCGCUCUAGAAGAGUACUUCAAAUCACCAGUACCAGAAACACUAUCCAUGUUGUUCAACGCCGUCAACGAAAUGGACCUUUCUCUCAUGCCAAAGCUCAGCCUGCUGGAAAGACACCUGCUCCAAGCCAGCGAUAACAAGGACCUAUUCGUCGAAAAGUUUGAGCGCAUGAUCCAAGCCCGCAUCUCGGAAGAAACAGCAGAAGACGUGGCAGACCAGCCCUUUGACGCCAGCCGCAGCCCCCCAAAACGACCAGGUAUCUUCCGCUCAGGCACGAAAUCCUACAUUGAAACUCACACGGGCGCCUACGCCGUGCCGCGGGACACUCACGAAUUCGAAAGCAAAGUCAUGUACAAAGGCAUCCCCAUCCCGAUCAAAGUCCCCGUCGCCGUCAUGCCCGAAACGGUCGGUGACUUCUCCCUGAUUAAACUAAUCCAAAACUUUUCGGACUCCCACGCCAAAUCCCCCCAAACCUUUGCCCUUCAUCCCCACCUAACCACCAACGGCCCGACAACCCACCCGAUCAUCGUCCUGGCCAAUGCUCUGCUGACCCAAAAGAGAGUCAUCUUCCUCGGCCACAACAUGCCCUCGGGCGAAGUAGCCGAGGCCGUCCUGGCCGCCUGCGCGUUGGUAUCAGGGGGGUUGCUCAGGGGCUUCACCCGGCACGCGUUUCCCUACACGGACCUGACCAAGAUUGACGACCUGCUCAACGUGCCCGGGUUCAUCGCCGGGGUGACGAACCCCACGUUUGAGCACCACCCGGAGUGGUGGGAUUUGCUGUGCGACAUUCCCUCGGGCAAGAUGAAGAUCUCGUCCAAGAUUGAGUCGGCGCCCAUCACGGAGGGGUUGGUGUACUUUCAGCAGCAGAACCCGGCGUACGCGAACUUCAUCAACGGGGCGUCGGCCGGGUCGGGGAGCGCGGCUGCGGCGGGGCAGCAGACGGGGGAUUUGACGGGGGAUGCGGCGUUCAUGGCGGAUAUACUGAGGUGUAUUGCCAACCGGUCGGGGGAGAGGGUGGUGAGGGCGAAGUGGAGGGAGUGGGUGCUCAAGUUUACGAGGAUCGCGGCGGCGUUUGAGGAGACGGUUUUCGGGGCUAGUGCGCUUUAUAUCGGGAGUGAUGGGGAUGGGGAUGGUGGUGGAGGGGGGGGUGAUGGGAACCUGGGGCAGGCGGCGAUGGGGCAUGGGUACGUAUGGGCCGAUGAGGCGACUAAAGCAAAAGAGCUGGCGGGGAAUGUGACAAGGAUUGAGGGGUGGCGGAAUACUAGGAGUUACUAUUCGUUUAUCCAGGACGUCGCUCAGUCAUACACGGUCCGCCCGCUCAAGGGUUUGGAUUUGGCCCACAUGCACGACCGGUUGCGGACGCAGAAGCUGACUCCCCAGCAGAGCAAGGAGAUUUUUGAGGCGCUUUACAACUAUGUCUGGUCUUAUGACGAGAUUUGUUUGCUGCUGAGUGUUGCGCCGGAGUCUCACGCGGGGCUGUUUUAUAUUGCCUUGGGACUGUUCCACAAGGAUAGGGACGUGAGGGUCAAGACGGCCGAGUUGCUGGAUAGGAUUGCUGAGCAUGAGGCGGGCCAGCAUUGGUGGAGGAGCCUGAGCCGGUUUGAGAAGCUGGCGUAUGUGAGGAUUAAGAAGGAGGUUGAGCAGGAGGGAAGAGGGGGGAGGGAGGGGGGCGUGGUGAGUCCUGUUGAUAGCAAGAGGGUUAGCUCUGGGAGAAGGGUGAUAUAAGGGCAUUGUAAUUAGGGGGUUGGUUUCAAGAGGUUUGAAAUGAAACGAUUGUUGGAGAUGUUAAGGAAGUUUUUAUGAUGAAGCCCCCUCCCUGGGCUUUAUCUUGUCAGACUAUACAGUUGGAGUCGUUGCUAGAGGUGCAUGUCUUGCAG